CCGCACCAGAAAUGCGGGGAAAUUCGACAAGAAUGACGCCAUCGAGACACAAUCGAAUCGCCCUUCGGAAGGAGAGCGAUGACUGCCGCCGACGGAGCGCUGCUGAAUCAUGUAAACACCAUCGUGAAGGCGGAAGUAUCAGAGAUCCCAUUCUCACCUCGGUUCAUCGCUGCCGAGAAGGGAAAUGCAGAGAAAGGACGUCAACGAUACGAAUCAACGCUCAGUUGGCGCAGGGACAAUCGCAUUGACACGCUCAUCGACGAACCCCAAGUGCAUUUCCACUUGAUCAAGAAGAAUUACCCUCAGUACUUCCAUGGCAAAUCCAAAAAUGGCCACCGCGUGUACUACGAGAAGCUCGGGUCCGUCAACUUCAAGGCGCUCAAGAAGUCGGGAUUGAGCAUGGACCAACUCCUGCGGCACUACAUGUACAUCACAGAAUACUUGUGGAAAGUCCUCGACCCAUCGGACAACGGGAGGUCGAUCACCGUGUUUGACGUGGAAAACUUUGGGUUCUACGACCUCACGGGCGACGUGACCUCUUUCAUCCGGCAAGCGAUGGCAUUUGCAGGAGAGCAUUACCCCGAACGAAGUGCGCAGAUCUAUGUUAUCAACGUACCCGCGUGGUUCCACAUCACCUACCGAGCCAUGAGCGCUAUGAUUGACCCCGUCACGAAGGCUAAGAUCCGCGUUUGCACUUCGGGCGCUGCAACAGAGGAGCUACUUGCGUCAAUCGACGCAGACCAACUUCCAUCCAACUACGGAGGCACGAGCUGUGCAUUGGGAGAGUCCGACGAAGAAAAAAUGCUGGCCAAGCACGUGAACGACCGUCUCAGUGCGACUGCCAACUAGACAAAGAACUCGAUUACCAUCAUCAUCAGUGGUUACCCCAUCCUGGACCAUAUAAAUUCUUCGUCAUAUCGAACAAACGGGUAGGUUGAUGCUGUGGAGAAUUCUUCGACGGCGC